CUCAGGAAAAUGGGCAACGCAAAGUCAUGUCCAAUGCAUCGCACACUCCUCCUGACACUGUGACGAAUGACGAAACAAAUCCAGACCGGCACCAUCCCGGGCGCUUCCGCUUCAAGACGCCUAGGAACGAUAGUGAUCAAGCGCAUAAUGACCUGAAUGGUCGCAAACGCCACCGGCGACAUCAUGAAUCCUCUCAUAGAAGGAAGCGACGGCGGCCUUCACCACCAUUCGAGGAUGGUCGCCAACACCGUGGACACUCGACCGAACACCUGUCAACCGAGCAAGCGUUUCGAGAAUCCCUCUUCGAUGCUCUUGGAGACGACGAAGGAGCGACGUUUUGGGAGGGUGUAUACGGGCAGCCAAUCCACCAAUAUGCCGAUACAUACACCAACCAAGAUACAGGAGAACUGGAACGUAUGUCGGAAGACGAAUACGCUCAAUAUGUGCGUCGAAAAAUGUGGGAGAAGAGUUGGGAAGGCAUAGAAGCUGCGAGGGAGCAGAGAAAGGCUGAACAAGAAGAGGAGAGACGGCGGCUUAGGGAGGAAAGGGCUCGAAUGGGUUCUCGCCACACUUACGGUCACAAAGAUAACGCGUUUGAGGGUCAGAUCGAAGCUAGCCUGCGGCGAGGGCGCAGGCGCAAGGAACAGAAGCGCUGGCAAGAGCUGUGGCAAGAUUACCUCACACGAUGGACAGAACUCCAGACCAUGGCGAACGACCGACCUGUUUUGAAUCAGGGUGACGACCGAUUUACCCUCCGCCACCAGAUUGCCUGGCCGGUAGAGACAGGGAAGCGAAAGGAUGUCUCGAGGGAAGAGAUUGAAAAGUUUGUUCGGCAGGGUAAUAGUAGUCAAGAUACCCACGGAGAGACUGCCGACGACUUCAUGAGCAAAAUCAAAAAGGAAAGAGUGCGCUGGCAUCCGGAUAAGAUUCAGCAACGAUAUGGAUUCAUGGCGAUUGAUGAGGAUACACUCCAAGGAGUGACGGCAGUAUUUCAAGUCUUUGACUCUAUCUGGAACGAAAUGCGACAGCCGCCGUGAUUGCGGAUUGGGAGCAUUUAAUUCAUGGCACCCACCGAACGGACCAUAUGGUAGAUCUGAAUAAAUUCAGACCAGAGGCGACAUUUAUUUGCGGCACGCGAUUCAAGUCUGACUGCUCACCGGAGUGUCUGAACCGGUCCAUUCUGCUAUAACAUCGUCAGGGACAUCACGCACGAAGAGGUGAACGUGCUCAAUUCCCGGGAUGGACUGAAGAGCAGUCCAGUUUCUGAACCACAUGA